UGUGCCUGGCAUAAUGGUGGAUUCCGAUACCACCCCCUCACUCCCGAUCCCCUCCUUCCAGAAUGGGACCGAUCAGGCGAACAACGUUUGCGUCUUCAAUGAGGAAUUCAAGUACUUUUUGCUGCCGGUGUCCUACAGCACGGUCUUCAUCCUGGGGCUGCCCCUAAACCUGACGGCCAUGUGGAUUUUCAUCGCCAAAAUGCGACCCUGGAGCUCCACUACGGUCUAUAUGUUCAACCUCGCCUUAUCGGACACGUUGUAUCUGCUGUCACUGCCCACCCUGGUGUACUACUACGCCGAUCAGAACAACUGGCCAUUCGGAGAAGCUUUGUGCAAGACUAUGCGCUUCCUGUUCUACACCAACCUCUACUGCAGCAUCCUCUUCCUCACCUGCAUCAGCAUUCACAGGUAUAUCGGAGUUUGCCACCCCCUCUAUUCCCUGCGGAGACUCAAGGCGAGGUACGCUCAUAUGUUCUGCGUGGGCGUGUGGAUUUCGGUCAGCGUCUGCCUGAUCCCCAAUCUGAUUUUCGUUACGGUCAGCCCCAGAGGCAACGAUACCAUAUGCCAUGACACCACAAUCCCCGAAGACUUUGAAGAGUAUGUUGAGUACAGCACGGUCGUCAUGAGUCUCUUGUUUGGCCUACCAUGCCUGGUGAUUGCCGGCUGCUACGGGCUCAUGGCUAGGGAGCUGAUGAAGCCAAUGGACAACGGAAUCCGCCAAUCUAUACCUGCUUACAAGAGAAAGUCCAUCAAGACCAUCAUCCUAGUCCUCACCGUGUUCAUCAUUUGCUUUUUGCCUUUUCACGUCACGCGCACGAUCUACUAUUACGCCCGACUCUUAGACGCAAACUGUGAAUUGCUGAAUGUUGUAAACAUAAGCUACAAGAUAACGCGCCCGUUGGCGAGCGCAAACAGCUGCUUUGACCCCGUUUUAUACUUCUUGGCCAGUGAAAAUUACCAGAAGAUACUGGUCAGUGCCGUGACAAAUAUCUCAGAUGUGUGUAGGAGGCGUCUACCCGUCAUUCAUCGCUUGACCACGACCAACAAAAGGGACGGCCUGGCCGUGAUCGCCGUCCGAGGCACGGAAAACAUCGGGAGCUUAGGAAACCUCCUGAGGAAUAAUCAAGAAACCAACAACCAUCCAGACGAAAUAGAAGUAGAGAUUGGCACUAACAAUAGGAACCGCGAGCAAAUGUCCACGGAACGCGUGGGAGAGAGUGCUAACAAUAAUGUGAAAUGGAGGAACUCAGGAAAAAACAUGGAAGCAAAUGGAAACGUUGGGGUGGGCGUAGCAGGAGAGAACCGAGGAGAGAACGUUGUAGAGGGAAAAAAUGCGAUAGCGUCUAACGAUGCGAUUAAAAAAAUGCUGAGAUCACAAAGCGACAAUGUGUCAGACAGAAAAAGAAGCAAAGCAAAUGGUGAGAAGAGAAGGUUCUGGAGUUUAAGGAGAACGAAGGGACCUGAAAAUGAAAUCUUCGAAGGUAACUUGUGUGAUGGAGAGGGGACCUCGUCCUGGAAUCUUCUAGACAUAGGAAGUCACGGAGGACAGAGCGUGUGCAAUGAGGACGACUAUUCCAAGGGGAAUGAGCUGCUUUUCCUCCCAAGCAUCUAAAUAGAAACUUACCAGACCACUCAUUGUCCAAAACACUAUAGGGUUUAUGGACCACGUCCAAAUGAUGGAGGUCAGGGGUCUCCAGUGAAGGGUCCUGAUAAUCCUCCAUCAUACAAAGACAUUGGAGACAAUUGUGUUUCUCCAACCUUGUGGUAACACUUUGGUGAAGACCCUUUUAUGUUCCAGUAUGACCCCCCCCCC